UGUUGAGAAGAUGGGAGCCUUUCGCAAGACCCUGUUGUUUGUUGGUGGUAGUGUGCUUGUGGUGGGUGCCUUGGGAGCAGCCAUAAUAGGAACCUCUUCCAGCGCAGCGCCAUUCGCAAGAAUCGACGAAAGCUCCAACAACGGAAAAUAUGCUGUUCGCUUGCCACCGUUGGAGAGUGUUCCUCCCAGACAGAAGCAGUUGGAGAGUUUGCGAUCUUAUAGUCAAGAACAGAAUUCGUUGGAUAUUCUGGUCAUUGGAGGAGGAGCAACUGGGUCGGGAGUUGCUCUUGAUGCUGCCCUUCGUGGACUUUCCGUUGGUCUUGUAGAGCGGGACGACUUCGCUUCAGGAACGUCUUCAAGAAGUACAAAACUUAUUCACGGUGGAGUUCGCUAUUUAGAGAAAGCUUUUUUCAAUUUAGAUCCAAAGCAGUUGGGUCUUGUAUUUGAAGCACUUCAUGAGAGAGCCAUUAUGCUGAGACAAGCACCUCACUUGACGCAUCCGUUGCCAACCAUUCUUCCUUGUUAUCAGUGGUGGGAAGUUCCUUUUUACUGGGUAGGUCUGAAGUUUUACGAUGCCAUAGCCGCAAUGGGUCAUGGCAGCUUGUAUCUUUCAAAAUAUUAUUCGUCUGCAGAAGCCAGAAGAUUAUUUCCUACACUUUCACCGUUACGAGCAGAUAAGAAACCGUUAAGAGGAGCUAUUGUUUAUUUUGAUGGUCAGAUGAACGACGCUAGAGUAAACGUUUCUGUAGCCUUAACUGCUGCGCUUUAUGGUGCUGCAGUUGCGAAUCAUACGGAGGUCACUGGACUCUUGAAGAAUUCAAAAAAUGGAAAGGUCAAUGGAGCAAGAGUAAGAGACCGCCUAACUGGAGAAGAGUUUGAUAUUCAUGCCAGAGUGGUUGUCAAUGCCGCUGGUCCUUUUUCUGACUAUAUUCAUCAUAUGGUCAAUCCAACAUCUUCUGAUAUUAUCGCACCAAGUUCAGGAGUACAUGUUACGUUACCCUCGUAUUAUUCACCAGAUGGAAUGGGAUUAAUCGUUCCGAAGACGAAAGAUGGUCGGGUUGUUUUUAUGCUUCCAUGGUUAGGUUCCACUAUAGCUGGAACGACUGACUCGUCGACUGAAAUCACGGAACUGCCUCAACCACAUGAAGACGAGAUAGCAUUUAUUUUAGAAGCAAUUCGUGAUUAUUUGAACGUUCAAGUAAGAAGAGAAGACGUGAAGUCAGCAUGGAGUGGAAUUAGACCCUUAGCAAGAGAUCCAAGGGCAAAAGAUACACAAAAUAUUUUAAGGGAUCAUUUGGUCUUUGCCUCGCCUGAAGGCCUGGUUACUGUUGCAGGUGGAAAAUGGACUACUUACCGAAGAAUGGCUGAAGAUACUGUCGAUAAGGCUAUCCAAGUUGGACAGCUGAAGCCCCAAGAUUCAUGCAAAACUCCAUAUGUUCAACUGAUAGGCUCUCAUUCUUGGGACCCUUCCUAUUUCACUUUUCUAGUGCAGAACUAUCGACGCCUCAAAUACACAGUUUCCAAGUCGAUGAGUCCAUCCAUCGGCGAGUUGGAUAUUGAUUGUGCAAAGCACCUGAGUACUUCUUAUGGAGAUCAAGCCUAUAAAGUAUGUGAACUAGCACAGCAGGGAUGGGGGAAGCGGCUAGUUCAUGGUUAUCCAGUUUUAGAAGCAGAAAUUGUGUACUGCGCUCAAAACGAAUAUUGUUUUACAGCAGCUGAUUUUCUUGCAAGAAGAUGCCGUUUGGCGUUUUUAGAUGCUGAAGCAGCGAACCAGGCUUUACCGCGUGUUGUAGAAAUUCUUGGAGAUAUUUACGAUUGGAGCAGCAGGAAACGGGAAGAAGAGUUAGAACAAGGAAGAAGAUUUCUUGCCUCUUUCCUUGGGGGAAGAACAGAACCGAGAUUGAAGCAGGUUACAUGACCCAAUUAUACUUCCUGUACGUUGUCUUUAUUCAUCGAGAUCCACUUUCUUAGCGCAUACAAACUAUCAGGUGUAAACUGCUUAUGUUUUCCUCCUUCAGCAUCUUGUAGAAUUUCUUUUAUAGUCAUUAGUUCCACGCUUUCUACCUCGGACUCUUGAAGAGUCAAGUCUUCAGGAACACGUCCUUCGAACCGGCAGGUCCAAAAGUCACCCCAAACCGUUGUAUGACUAUCUCGGAAGAAGAAAGAAAAGCAAUGCUUCAAGGGACUGUGUAUGCCUAGUUCUUCAAAAAGUUCUCUCUCAGCGCACUCUUCUUUACUUUCUCCAAAACUGUUCACACCACCUGCAGUCACCUCAUAAUAACCUGGACAAUAAUCCUUGUGUUUCGUUCGUUUCUGAACAACUAUUCUAUCAUCAGAACUGAAAACCAAAAUGUAGGAGGCUCGGUGAGGAAGAUUUUGGGCUCUCAUUUCCUUUCGCAAACAAGAGCCUAAUAUAUUGUUAUCCAAGUCAACCAAAAGGACCUUUUCAUCAUUCGACAUGCAGCCAACAUCGUUGUUCGGAGUACACAUUGCCAAAUAAGAAAUUC